CUUCUUCAGUUCGUGCCACUCUUCUGAAGCGGAAGGUGUUCUCUCGCUCCACUCUCGACCAGCGUCUCUCUCCUUGCGUCGUUCCUUUCGUUGGGGUUGUUGGUGAGACUGACUCAUCACCACGGACUUCCUCUCAUCGCUUUUGAAACAAGCUUCGGAUUCAAAUAUUUCUACACUGAACACGAAUUUGAAACAGAGUGAACAGUGUCCGAUCUCAACAUAUUUAUUGUUGACGACGAGAAAAAACAGGAGAAUAGUAAGGGGUGCAUAUUUAUAUAGUGAAGUUGACAUGCAGACAUUAAGACCACGCGGUCAUGUGUGUGACACAUAGGCAGCGUCCUUUGAUGAAUUCCUUGUUUAAGAAACUGGACAGAAUUUAAGGGGAAGGUGACAGUUUUAUUGUUAUUGGGAAAGUAAUGUUCCCACUAUGCCCCAAUAUCGGGCAAAUGUGACAUAGUUGAGACACUGUUGAUCAUCACACAGGACAGGAUAGGGAUCCAUUUUAUUGUGGAGAGACAAAGUACCGCCGCGGAUGCAGCUGUUAUAAGAACUUCGCGGAGAAUUAGUUGCACCAUCGGUUUCGUGUCAUAUCGUUGCCAGAGUCAAAGUCAUAAUUCUACAGGGACGAGAACAAUCUUUUCUGGGAAUGGUGGUGGUGGCGUUCUUGUUCGUUAUUUGGUGUGACUUGACGUCCUCCUCAGAGAGAAAGUAUAAGUGAUGUGGAUCUGGCUUUAUUGAUAAGGACGCUCGCACAUUACGCUGGACUUUAGCGGCGCUUCUUCACUCUACUUCAUCUUCUUCCUCGUGGAAUCACGACUGCUUUUUCUGCUGCGAGGAGUGGAGGCGAGGCAAGAAGAAUGAUUCCCUCGUGGACAUUAGCCCUGUACAUUUUGGCCGCACUGUGGCGAGGUGUGUCAAUGCUGCGACUCGCCGACUUGAAAAUCCCCUCUCACACCAUCCGCGGCCAACCCGUUCGACUCGAGUGCCACUACGACCUGGAAGGCGAGGCGUUGUACUCCGUCAAGUGGUAUAAGGAUCAGCACGAGUUUUUUCGCUUCAUCGUGGCAGACAAUCCGCCGGCCCAAGUUGUGAAUCUCACUGGAGUCAACGUUGACCUCCCCAACUCCUCCGACAACACGGUGACACUCAAGAGCGUGGACCUCACCGGUUCUGGCGUCUACCGCUGCGAAGUCUCUGGCGAAGCACCCACAUUCCAGACGGUGGGGGAAAGUGCGCAAAUGAUCGUUGUGGAUUUACCCGACUCGGGCGGACCACAAAUUGAAGGGACUCGACCGCGUUAUGGGAUUGGAGACACCGUCAGAAUCAAUUGCACGUCAUCCAGAUCAAGGCCUGCAGCCAAGUUGGCCUGGUUCAUUAAUGCCGACCCGGUAUCUCAGAUGCUCGCGGAGGAAGCUCUUCUUCGACACUUCCCUGUCAUCAUUGACGACGAUGGACUCGAGACGUCCAUCCUGGGAUUAGAAUUUAAGGUGCGGCACAAGCACUUCAAGAAGGGUGACCUCAAGAUGAAAUGUUUGGCCACGAUUGCGAACCUGUACUGGCGAAGCAACGAGGAGAGCGUGGAAGGGGACCGACCCCAGAAAGCCCCCGUUCUCGAGAGCAGAGAAACCUUUUCACCUGGAAAGAGAGAAGCGUCAAGCAGCGUUGGACGGACGGGCCAGCACCCCAGCAACCCCACAACCCUGGCUUCCCUGCACCACCUCACAGUCACCAUUACAACCCUGUGUAGUUUAAUAGUCAGCUCUGCAUUCGCCUCUGAUCUAAGAUAAGCUUCGGAGGCAGCGCUAAACCACAACCUGUCAAAGAUAAUUAUCCGUUUAUCAUCUCGUCGCCGCCGGAAUAUAUUUAUGCAAUUUCUACAUAGUUCUAGGAAACAUUUUACCAGGAUAAAAAAAACACAAAAGAGUUGCAGCAGUUGCACAUUCAAUUGGACUGUGUCUAAAGUGUAUAAAGGAUAUACAAAUUUUAAGUAGAAUAAGUUUCUCAGAGUUUACAAAUGAACCCGUGCUCAUGAAAUCAUGCAACAACAACUAACAACAAACUCUGCUGUGACGCCAUGCAUACGACGACGACGAAUAUGUACGUACUGCAUGCCAUCAUCAUCAUCCGGGUGGUGGGUGGAUGAGUCGGUUUGCUACCCCGAUUAGUCGUCGUUGUUGUUUUUUUUACCCCGAAUGGCAGGUCACACAUUCAUUACAUUGCAUAAUGGGAUGGUCUGAUCUACGUCAUUAUUAUUAUGAUUACAAACCAUUUGGCCAUGCGAAGUGGGCAUUAGCCGAGAAAAAGAAAAGCAUAAAACUCAAUUUCACAUCCCACUUCUUGCUGCAUACAUACACUCCACUGCUUCGGUUAUCACGGUCCAGCCGCAUAACUGUAUCCAGCAGGAGUGGAUGGUGAUACAAGCCUGAUUCCCCUUCAUAAAAAAUGUUUACGUAGGCAAACACAGCGAAAGAGAGAGAGAGCGAGCGAGGAAAAAACCUUUUAGAUUUCCAAUGAAAUUAAGCCAAUGUAAUGUGAGGGGGAUAAUAAAAGUAUUGCUAUUAUUAUUAGGGCGAGGGUGACCUAUAGCCUAUGAAGUCAUAUGUAUUUACGUGUAGCUAUAUGGCUCCUGGUCAGCUCGACUUGUUAGUCGCCUAUAAAUCAGGAGCGACAUAAAAGUGGGGACGACGCUGUGUAAUUAUCAAGUAACAUAAACCAGGAACCAAAUCCAACAUUAAUUACUGCCCAUUAAAAGAGCUGUUUAUGGCUGAAACAUGAAUCGGGUUUAUUAUGCACAAGUACCAGAAGUCCCACACUCCUCCCUAAAUGUUGGACGGUUGAGGUUUUGUUGGUGGUGUGUUUACUGUCGAAUGGGAGUUUUGAACAGCUAUCAAAAUCAAAACGUAAUAGCUGGACCCAGGACGACUGCCACCACCACCACGUGCACUCACAGGCCAAAUGUGGAGCAUUACUUUUUACUCAAAGUAUUUAACUUGCUCUCCAACACUUGCUCCUCUGUGCUGUGUCCCUUUCUGCUAUGUGAUCCGAAUUAUGAGGCGGAAUGUUGGUCUGGUGGUCGGGGAAUAAAAUAAAUGCAAAUGAGGCGAAAUUGGAACAAACACUCUUUGAGACAUUUGUUGUAAGUGGUUGUUGUACUUUUGUUGCUUUCCUUACUUAACACGCCAGGUCCCAUAUCUCCCAAACGUGUGUAACAACCCAAAUAAAUGUCGUGUUUCCUUUGUUCCGUUCCGAGUUAGAGCAACAUGUUCCUCUUGCUAAGCUCGGUCCCGUUCUUGUCCGGGUUGAUAAGUGGUUAAGGAUAAUAAAUGUUUCUUAAUUACUAUAUCCACCUGCACAUAUUGAGCACCCACCUUUCUUUACUUUCCCUCACUCUCUCUCCUCCCCUGCCAACCUACACCGCACCGCACACACCACUUGACACACUAAUCUCCCCCAAUCUCCUCCCCCAUCCGAAUCUAGUUGCCCCCAUCCCCCCCAUUCCCCAUUCUCCGUUACUCCGUAUUCCUCAGGCACACCCACGUUACACAAUUUGCAACUUUUUCAUACAUGUGCGUCAAGUGAGAUUUGCAAUUCCAGUCAGUCAGUUAAUUAUUCCUAAGCUACUAACACAUGUAUAAGUACGUACGUACAUAUGUAAGUAAGUAUAAUAUAAUGUAAGGUGUGUACGUUUCCUGUAUAACGUAGUAGGGUUGGCUGCUGUAUGCAUAAACUAAUUAAGCACGAGUUAAAGUAAUUAUAAAUUAAUUGGUGUAAAAGGAAUUCAGUGCAAAUAUGUGUAGCACAUGGAGGCGCAAAUCAGCAUGCAUGCACUUAUCCUAAUUAAUUGGGUGGUGGUGGUGGUGCUUGGUAUUCAUAAUUACUUGUUAUACUCGUCUAAAUAAUAAAUGUGUACAGAAAAGUCAUCCCCUUCUCCGAGCAACAAAUAAAUACCCACAACACACCCACCCAGCCAACCAACCACCCAAAAAGAGCUAAAUACUAUUUAUAAUAAUAAUCAUACCAAUAAAUGUUACAUCGUUGUUACUCUAAUUAAUUCUAACUGCAUAUUUAAUGCGAUGCGAUGAUGAUUAAGUGAUUAUUGAGUACGACACCGUGUGCACUCCUGCUGCCGGGAGAGAGAGAGGACGAAGAAAUAAAUAAAGCGUGCGAGUAAAAUGAA